AUUCAACCGCAUUCAUCGGAGCAAGUUUCAAGCAUACAAGAAAGUGCUUUUCAGACCAGGUAAACAAAACGACAAGAAGAGAGCAAAAGAAUGGGGAAGAAAGGAAAAGGCGGGAAGAAAGGCAACAAGAAAAAGGAAAAAGAAGAAGUAGUUGAGGAAUUAAGUGAGGUAGACAAGGAAUUGUAUCAGCUUCAAAUAACCGAUCUCACAAGGAAAGUUGAGAGGCUUAAAGCAAGGUGUUUGGACCUAGAGCUCAGUAAUGAAGAAUAUCAAAAAUUGUAUGAGGUUCUUGAUGAAGACAGGGCAGAUAUAAUUUCAUACUUGAAAAAAAUUCUCCAGGAGAAAGUAGGUGAAAUUCAAGAACUGCAGGAGAGAAUUGAUGGACUGAAAAAGUCUCGGGAAGCUGAAACAAAAGUGUACAAGAACAAAAUCUCUCAAAUGGAACAUGAUUACAAAAUGAUGCAUGAGCAAUUAACAUCUGAGAUACUGUUAAUAAAUGGAAAGCUGAAUUCAUUGGAAGAAUUUCGAAUUCAACGAGAUGAGUUAAUGAAUAAGUUCAGCCUUCAAGAAAAAGAGAUUGCUGAGCAGGAAAAAAGACACAAACAGACACUCUAUGAAGUGGAAAGGCAAUUCAUCCUUGCAAAGGAUAAAGCUAUGAAGGAAAUGGAGACUAGAUUGCUGCAAUUAUCAAAUGAUUUCGAGGAUGCAACACAAACCAGAAUUGCUGCUACAACUCAGAGAGCAAUAAGAGAAAAUAUUGCUUUAAACAAUGAGCUUGACAAGAUGUUAGAGACCAACAAAUACUUGAAGAUAGAAAAUGAAAUGCUGAAAGAGAAAAAUAUGGACUUGAAAACAAAAAUGAAACUUUAUGAAACAGAGAAACAUCAAGCUCUCACUAUGUGUGUUGAGCAACAAACACGGAUUGAAACAUUAACAAGCCAACAACAGAGAAUGGAGCAAGAGAGAGAGAAACUGCAAGCAGAGGCAAAUACUGCAGCCACACUCCAGCAAGAAUUAAAUGAGCUUGAGGAAGAGGCUAAUGAGAGAAACAGUCAGCUGAAGGCAACACAGCAGGAAUUACAAAAGGCACUUAGAAAACAAAAUGAGCUAAAUAAUAAAAUUGCAGAGGCUCAAAUGUGGUCUGAUAAGCUCGAAAAUGUGCUGCAGAGUGCAGUUACUGCAAUCAAAGAAGCGCUAAUGGUACAACAGGACUUCCCAGAUGAUUCAUUUCAUGUAAGCAAGAGAGAGGCUCUAUUGAAAUAUCUUUUGGAGCUGAUCAAUAUCAGCGAGGCAGAUCAUAGGAGAAGAGUGGAAAAAAUAGAUAGAGCCACUAGUGCUGUCACUAUCUACGGAACAGGAGACCUUGGACUAGUACCAGCACCUAUGUCAAUUAGAAGUUCACAUGCUUUAAAACCCAAAAAUAAUAUGACACUGACAGCCACAACUGAAAAUACAGGGGAUGAAAAUGUAAAAUUGAGACCAAAAACAGCUGGACCCCGCUAUGGUGUUACAAAAGUACAUGGUUUAAAGCCUCAGUUUCAGUCUCAAUACAUGGAAGAAGAUAAAUAAGGAACCCGCUAACUGAGGAGAUAACCAAGAAUUGUGGCUGGAAGGUACAAAAUGGUAGGAAAGAAAGCCACUCAAGAUGAGAAACUGAACAAUGGGCAGAUAAGACAAAAGCAAAGUGUUGAUUAAUCUAGAUAAUCUAUCUGUCUGUUUGGUCAGACACUAGCAUUACUUCUCACCACUUCCUCUGUGAUUAUACUAUUGUUUGUAUUCCAACAAUGAUUUUAUAUUACACAUUAAGGGCUUGUUUCUCAUUUUGAAACUUCUUGA